AUGCUCGUACAAGAGAUGAUCCUCGACAACGACUCGAACCAGCCUCAAGACUUAUACGAGCGUCACCUGGUCCCCAUGUCGAAAUCUCCUAGAUCAGACGUCCGCUUUCCUCUCGCGACUCCUCGAAAACGUUCUCCCUCAAUGACCUCGAUUGCAGAUCUCGCAGACCAAAGUGGUCAAUCUCUUGGAGUCCUCACAAUCAGGGCCACCAAUUCACCUUUUCUGGAGACGGAGAAUUGUCCACAAGAAAAUGGGGUAACAAUAUCUGAACAGCGGGAAUGUACUAGAAGGUCAUCGCUAUCGCUGAAUGACCUCCCCUUAGAAGUACAGGGUAAAGUUCUCGACUUCAUAUUUGGUGACAUGCACUCUAUCUACACCGGGUCGACAUCGCUGCGAGGAAAGAGCGUUUCUUCCCUUAUGCGACAUCCGAGAAGGAAAGCGGUCUCAGAUUUCGCCCUGAUCUCACCUGACUGGCGUGACUUGGUUCAAGAACGAAUCUAUCGACAUAUCAAGAUAAAAGGUACUCGAGCAGGUCUGGCUGAGUCACAAGAGUUCUUCUGCACCCAUAUGCGUCUGGCGGAAUUUGUUCGACACGUUGAAUUCUGGGUCCCGGUUUGGGGGGACAAGGCAUCUUUUGACAAUCGCUCAGCUGAUCCUCUCCUGCCAGGGCCAGAUCGACAUGGGUAUUACCAACUCGCCAAUCAGGGUAACGAAAGCCUUAUCCCUGCUAAUGAUCUCCUCGGAUUCAGCUUCAAACUGUGUGCCUAUUCCGCAACACUCUCCGAAAUCUUCAGCCACAUUAGCUGCUUCUUUCCCAAGUCCCGGGUGUUCACCCUCGAAGGUGGACAUUGUAAAAAAUCUAAUAUGAUCCGACAUUUUCCUCAGACUCUUUUUCCCAACCCGAAUCAAAACCUCGAAAAACUCCCGCAUAUCCGCACUUUUGCAAUGCGUGGCGCAUGGAAUAUCAUGCGCAAUCAUCGUCAUUGGAAGACUAUCGAGACAGCACUACCAAAUGUUGAAGAAUGGCAUUGCGGCUAUGCGAAACCUCGCGUUGAAGCGGAUGCCACCAUCAAUGACAUCUUGUACCAUCUGCCCUCGAGGUUUCGUCACAUUAAUAUUUCUCUCGACGGAAUGUACAGCAAAGACCCGACAACCCUGGGCUCCAGCUUCCACCCCGGCCAACCACAUUUGUGCGAACGCCUUGGACGCGUCCUUCCGCAACUCGAAGCGUUGUCGUUCACUGGCAAGAUCUGCGAGUGCAUGUGGACAUCGGCCUCGUCGGCACUGUCACAGGCCAAAGAAGAACCACGGCUCAAGGCUCUCGAAAUCGUCGUCAAAUCUUGUUGCCGGCAGCGCGUCACUGACAUUGAUCCAGAAACGGGGGACACCGUCAUCCACGAACUCGGCGGUGUGAUAGCUGACGGAGCGGGCAUUACCAACCUUGUCUUCAUCCGAGCUUUUGAGCGCUUCGUCCUCCACACGGUAGAGGCACUACCACUCUUCCCGCAUCUCGAUUACAUCCGAAUUCGGUUCAUUGACCUGGAUUCUCCCUGUACGCUACUCAAUCCCUACUGGCAACUGGAAAAUGGACGAGUUUACGGAAUUUGGAACGAGGAGAUCGUUGAGAAGUUGAGUGAGGUCAGGCCAAGCGUCAGUUACGAAGAGUUGGGCGACGGGAUCGAAUAUGCUGGAUGGCAUAAAUCCAACUCGAGUUCCCCCGGUGUGACCGGCGUAGGAGGAUCUGAAGGUGUUCCUGUGGGCCCUGCCAACUCCGUCACGGUAGGAUCAGGGUGCAGCCUGUACCCGAAGUGGAAGCCACGGAGCAUCAAGACAAGCAGCUACAAGGUUGUCGCGGAGAUGCGUGGCAGUUGA